AAAUUAGCACUGUGUAAUUCAGAAGAUUUAUCCUCAAGUGCACUGGAAAUCACACAAGUUACUAAGUUACUUAAGGGUUAAAUGUGGAUGGAUGCCUUUUUACAGAUUACGAAAGAGGAAGUUUUUAUGAGCAAACAAUGAAUGAGAGUGAAAAGUUGAGAAGUUAGAGAAUACUUUAAUUCUGCUGUAUGGAUAUGAUCAGAAAUCUCUGAGAUUGAAGCACAGGUCUCACUCCUUCUGUUUUAGUCCAGAUAACGUUGCCUAGAGCUGAAAACUAACAACUAACCCAACAUAAAGCAACCCAAACACACCUCAUGGCAGGAUCCGGGUCAAAAGCUGCUAAAGACCUGACUGCAAUGAUGGAGACGACUAUGCAACAACUUCAGAGCAGGUUUCAGAACUUAUCUGACCAAAUCAUCUCCAAAAUGGAUGAGAUGGGAACGCGCAUAGAUGAGCUGGAGAAGAACGUCGGUGAUCUCAUGACACAAGCAGGAGCUGAGAAUCAUUAUAAAGCAAAUGGUUUUGAAGAGAGACCGAGCUGGCCAAAGCACUGAGCAGAAAUGUUGGAGAAGCUUGAGCUCAACACAAUAUUUGUGUAUUAAUCUAUGCAUGUAUUAUUCACCGGUGCCUUGUUUUCUAUAUGAUUAUGUUUGAAUAUGUGAUCUGGAUCUUGUACCUAUAAAGCAAUAAAUGAACUUGUUAAGCU